CCAUUGACAGCACAAUCUUUUUCUUUUUCUUUUUCUGUUUUUUUGACUUCCUUGUCAGGAUGGUAGGCAAAAGAACAGCUGGCAGAAAACAAUAGGGGGCGGGGAAACCAAAUAAAGGAAACCACCUGCAACUUGCCCCCCCCCCACUCCCAGUAAAAUAAACCUGCAAAUAUCAUUGUCAGUAAUAAUUGCGGAACACUUUUGACGUCACCAUGCGCAGAUCUAGCACGGAUGAAUCAACCUACCACAGGAGCCCUUCUUUGGACAGCAAGGAUUACAGUUUUCCAAAUGGCGCCUUCCGUCGCUAUAGCAGCAUGUAUGGCGGCCAGUUUGGGGCCGCGAGCAACUCUUUUUUUGGAUUCCAUACCAACCCAGGCCCUAAGGCCACCAAGGCUAAGUACACAUCCCCCAAGGGGAACAAGUAUGUGGUCUUUUACUUGGAUCUCUCCUUUAUUUUUCUUCUAGAACUGAAGAGGUGCAGCAUGGCUCACAACUGCCUGCAGUGCAUUAAGUACCUCAUGUUUGUGUUCAACCUCCUCUUCUGGCUGGGAGGCUGUGGGAUCCUUGGAGUUGGCAUAUGGCUAGCAGUUACCCAAGGGAACUUCGCUACCCUCUCUUCUUCCUUCCCUUCCCUGUCAGCUGCCAAUCUGCUGAUCAUCACGGGGACUUUUGUAAUGAUCAUUGGCUUUGUGGGGUGCAUAGGAGCCAUCAAAGAAAACAAGUGCCUCCUGCUCAGUUUUUUUAUCAUGCUGUUAAUUAUAUUUGUGCUGGAGCUCACAGUCGUGAUUCUGUUCUUCGUCUACACCGACAAGAUUGAUAAGUAUGCUCAGCGGGACCUGAAGAAAGGGCUUCAUUUAUAUGGAACUGAUGGAAAUAUUGGUCUAACUAAUGCAUGGAGCAUCAUACAAACAGAUUUCAGAUGCUGUGGAGUGUCAAACUUCACCGACUGGUUUGAAGUUUACAAUACUACACGGGUGCCAGAUUCAUGCUGCUUGGAAUUCAGUGAAAACUGUGGUCUUCAUUCCCCAGGGACCUGGUGGAAAGCUCCUUGUUAUGAAACAGUGAAAAUAUGGCUCCAGGAAAACCUGUUAGCUGUGGGAAUUUUUGGACUGUGUACAGCUUUGGUUCAGAUUCUUGGACUGACAUUUGCAAUGACCAUGUACUGCCAGGUUGUCAAGGCAGAUACCUACUGUGCAUAAAAAUCUUAGUCAACGUCUGUCAGCCCAUGGCUCACCUCUCUACAAGACAAAAGAGGACUCUUCUUCAUGCUCAUACUUUUUUUUCUAUGUAAAAUAAACUGUGUAUAAUCUUCUCUGGAAAUUUUGUGACUCACCUUAGUUUGUCACCAUCGGAACUCAGACUUGCUUGGACAAAGGAAAAUAUUCUCUAAGUAACAAGAAAGAAAGAAAGAUUGUUCCCCUUUUGCACAGACUGGCAAGUGGGAAGAGGCUGCUGCUUUCAUUUUCCUGGAGGCUGCUGGCAAAUAGAGAAUCAAGUUGUAGCAACGCGAGUGCAGAGGAUGUGGAGGUUCCAUUAAACUGGAGUUUGUCUUUAACAACAGCCAGUGUGGCGGAUCAAGGAGCACACUUCUGAACUCCAGAUUUUACCGUGUGGAGUGAGAUGGCUUCAGGAAACUUUUCUACUUAAGGAAGUGGUUUCAGUUUUGUGGCCUCUGAAGUCAGCUCAGACAGGAUCUACCCUGGCCUACAUUGUAGGUGGUCUGUAAGCAGAAAUUGGGUCCUGUCUUGUAGACUAAAUCACUAGUGGUACACACAUGAUGUGUGAAAAUUUAUACAACAAAUGUAGAUUUAUACACUCUGAGCAGUUUAAAGAAAAGUAGUCUAGCAGCUGCCUAAAUAAGUAGGGAAGGGUUCUAUCCUGUUCUAUAUUCAAUGGGACCAUGCAUUCAUUCAAAAGGAAAUAGUAGAUUAUUAUCUCUUGGAAAGGACAUUUUGGCCAUUGGAAAACACAAGAAGCAAGGAGUUGUCUUUCUGUCACUGUCCUCUGGAUUUUCUUUUAAAUGUCAUUCCAGUUUCAGCUUACAUUGUGUUUCUCAUUUCCAGGCUUGAAGUACAACAAAGAGCUUUAAGCGACUUAUCACUAAUAUGCCAUUUCAUUAAUUUGCUCCCUACUAAUUUCAUCUUCAACUAGGAUAGGCUUACCAGGCAUCCAUUAAUAUACACUUGUUUGAGUUGGGUUUUUUGACCUUGUGCCUCUAUUAAAAGAACUAAAUCAAAUUAUCUCUAGGAAGAGUAAGGACAUUUAAUUUUCCUGCUAACAUAGGUAGCCCUAGUAAUGGCUUUGAAUUGCCAAAAAAGAGGUGAAAUUUUACAUAGGCAUUUCCCUGUUUCUUUUGCAAGCUUCUUGUACAUCCCUUUAACCUUUUGCCUGCUAUAAUAUAGGCUAGUAGAGCCAGAAUUUUGCUGCACACCACCUCCAAUCUCUGAGCACUGCAAGGUUCCAGGCACUGGCACAGCAGAGACUGUGGUGUCUUUAUGAUAUAUGGUUUAUUAACACAUAUAUGGAGUGGCUCACAGAUUAACAUCCAAACAGGGCCUAUGUUUCUCCCACAACCACAACUUUGGAUUCAAACAUUGCUCUCCCUUUCUCUGCAGCUUGCUGCUUCACUUCUAGGCCAUACCACUCCCACUUUUAACUCUGGCUUUGUCCUUCUAACUAACAGUGAGCUAAGAGAGGGGCUCCAUCUAUUUGUCAUCUUGCACACCUCUUAAUGGUCCAUCACCUAGGUAAGCACCUCAACACAGGAAGCUAGCCUGGAUCCAGGGGGUUGAAGGAUCUCUCAUACAGCCUACUUCCUUCCCCCACCCUACCAAACUCAUAACAAUAUUCUCUCGCCUCCUUACCAGCAAACAUACAGACCCAGGUGCUAGUGUGGAAUGUCAGGUCCUCUCUAUGCUGGCAAACUGCAGUGUGUAAUCUGUGAGCAAAAAAAGUAGUGAUCAGUUCAGCUGGCCAUUAAAAAGAACAUAUUAGCAUGUGACACAAGCAUUUUAGUAUGUAAGCAAGCAUCAAGAGAAACACACUGCCAUAAAUCUGAGAAUUUGCUCCAACCCCAAUAGUUUGUACUGAGUCUGCUCUAGUCACACAACAAAGCCAGCAUGUAAACCUUAUUUUUACAAGCUAAUGAGCCAUUACACGUAGAGUUACCCUUCCUGAUUUUCUCCCCCUUGGACAGCUGAGGGGCGUUAACCUGCCAUUCCCAUUCUCCCCACCUUCAGAUUCAGCUGCUCCUUUGUGCUUGCCAUUCUGCCUGUUAAUAUGCAGUCCUGGACUGGAGCAUAUAGGAAUAUGCAGAUUAAUUCCCACUAUUUAUAAAUCUGGAAAAUCUCAUCAGAUGAGUUAAACUCAAGUGUUAUCAUAGCUUUAAUCUUUUCUUUUGAGCAACUCUUUGGCUGCAAAGAGUCAUUCAGUAGAGUUAAUAAAAUAUAAAAAGCUAAAUAUGCCAUUGGGUGUUAACAGUCAAGAGCUUAUGUAUCACAGGUAGGACUGGCAGAAAACCAUCUGAAUUCUGGACAGUUGCCAUCAGUCAAUAUAGACAGUAGUGCGCUAGAUGGGUCAAUGGUCUGACUCAGUAGAAGGCAACCUUUCUAUGUUCCUAAGAGCCUUGGACACCACAAAAGAUUUGAGAGGGGGAAGCAUGUAGUCUCAGCACCCACCCAAGAACUAUGACAUAAUAGCAAUAUUGAGAGAGUCUAGAGCCUUCUUGCCUUGUACAUUCAAGCACACUAUUGCUGACAUCACAGCUAGGCUAUAGCACAAUUAUACAUGAACUGCAGGUGUGGGUUUAGGGGCCCAUUGUCUACAAGGUUUUGCAUCAAAGCAGGACGUAUAUCCUGCCAUAUGAGCAAAGAGCCAGAGGCAAGUUGAGAAGCAGGUAGCUAUGGGAAACAAAUAAAGUGUACAAUAAAAACUAGGAAGUAAAUUUCCCACCAUGCAUCCUAAUCGUUCUCACUACCCCUCAUCCUUAGUGUAACUUGUGUGAGCUUUUAAUAAUGAUGUCCUCAAGCAAUAGCAUCUCUCUCUCUCUCUCUGGCACUUGCUUCCUUUCCCCACCUUUUUCUUACAUAUGAACAGAUUGCAACUUGGGAGUUCCCUUGCUGUUAGUUGUUGUCAUGGUUCAUUACCGCCGUUGUAUUCACAAGCAUGCCUAUUGAUAGCUUGUGGAUUUGCAGAAUAAUGGAGUGAUGGAAUACAUUAAUAAAACAUUGGUUCCAAAAAGAUUAAAGACAGAUGAAAUCUAUUUAUGGAGGUCCCCAUCAUUAAAAAUUAACACAGCAGUCCUAGUGGCUCAGCAGAUAAAAGCACAGGAGUUGUGCUGUAGAGGUGAAUGGGACAGGACGUUCCCACAAGAGAUCUUAAGUUAAUCCUUUUGUAGUAUUGCCUCCAAAGAGGAGGGAGCUACUAUUGCAAAAAUAAAU